AUGCUGACUUUUUUCCCUGGAUGGAACGCGAAACUGUCACGGGAUCCUGUGAUCUCGAAGCCUCGCAACCUCAAGUCUGCUUACAUCCUCGACAACAUCUUGCUGGUGCUCAAAUCUGAAGUCAGAGAAUCGUACAGGAUAAUGGCGGGAAGAAGACAGGCGGGGAACCAGAUUCGGGGCCCACAUUCUGCUCUUACUGAUUUCCUGGCCUCCAACAAUAUCUCCGCUGCCCAGAUUGCCAACGACUACCAGCAGCGUGUGAGGGAGGCGGAACGCCAGGCGGAACUAGAGAGGGCUAAUAGCAGAAACGACGAAGAAGAAUAUGAAGAAAGCGUGUCUGAAACUCCAGAGGAGCGCAAAAAACGGAAGAGAAAGGAAGCAGCUACCCUAAACAAGAUCAAGCAGAGCAAAGCGUUCGCUCGUCGCAAGUCUCGCUAUGGCGACGAUGACCCUGACUACGAUGAUGAACUCGCACGGGAUAUGAUGUACCAGAAGUCCCGGCCUCUGCCCGGUCAGUUCGAUAACUGCGAGAAUUGCAGUAAACGUUUCACCGUCACUGCCUACAGUAAAACCGGUCCAAAUGGCGGUCUUCUCUGUGCCAAAUGUUCCAAGGAACUCGCAGAUGAAGAAAAGAAAACGAUACCGAAGAAACGCGGGCCUAAGAAUAGCCGCCGUCAGAAUCGAAGCAAUCUCCUCGAUGGAAUUGUCCAGACCGGCGCUUUAAGCCUUGCUGAAAUGUGUACCAAGAAAGUUGCCGACAAUAUAAACGAUGUGGAAGAGUUUGGGGAUCUUCCCCAUCAGCUCCUUCAUCGGCUCAGUCAAAUCUUAUCAAAAAGGAGAGUUCUCACUCCCAGGACGCUCAAUCUUUUCUUACGUCCUGAUCUAGACUCCAUUAACAUAUAUGACUGCGGCAAACUUGAGACGGACGACUUCCGGAAGAUCUUCACGUUUAUGCCUUCUCUAGUUGACGUCAAUCUCCGCUUUGCCGGUCAGAUGAAAGACCCAGUCCUUGACUAUGUCAUGGAUCGCAACCUGAAGAUCAAAAGACUUCAAUUGGAUGCUGCUAAUCUCAUUUCUGAUGAUUGCUGGCGGCGGUUCUUCCAGAAAAUGGGACCGCACCUUGAGAGCCUCAAGCUGUCUAACCUUGAUUCAUCCCUGGACGAUGAGACGGUGAAGGAGAUCUGCACGCACUGCACUGGUCUGCAUCGUCUGAAGCUAAAGGAGUGCUGGAAGACAGGUGAUGACUCACUACGUGCGAUCACCAACUUGAAAAGCCUCGAGCAUCUGUCAUUGGACUUCCUCCAGGAUACGCAGGCUGAAACCAUAGCCAAUCUGGUCGAUCAGCUGGGGCCUAAUCUGCGGACAUUAUCCUUGCAUGGAUUCCGCAACGCCAAUGACACCCUUCUCGAGUGCAUUCAUCGCCGGUGUAGUAAACUGUCAAAGCUUCGCUUAUCAGACAACGCAGUAUGCACCGACAAGGGCUAUGCGAAUCUUUUCACGAACUGGCCAAACCCGCCAUUGACCUUUGUUGACUUGUCUUCGACGCGAGAUGUCGACAAUGCAAACCCCAGCGGCCCUCCAGAACCGAUAGGUCUUGCUUCUGAGGGAUUCGUCGCCUUGAUGGAGCAUUCAGGACUCAAAAUCCGGUCUUUGAAUAUCAGCUCUUGUCGGCACAUAUCUCGCGACGCAUUCGAGCAAGUCUUUGGCAAGAACAACACAUAUCCACACCUGGAAGAGCUGGAUAUUUCUUUCCACACUGUCGUAGAUGACUACCUUGUCAAUUGCAUUUUCAAAGCCUGUCCUGCGAUGAAGAAGCUGGUUGCAUUUGCAUGCUUCAAUGUCAGGGACGUGCGUGUUCCUGCCGGUGUCGCGCUGAUUGGAGGCUUGAAUGCACAAGACUCUAUUGUCUUGGAAGGCGGCUUCCAGUAAAUGCACGUCAACUGCAAUAAAUCGGCUUUUUCCCUGUAUUAAAUAAACGGCCCGUGGCUAACUUUUACUUUCGAUCGGCGUGGCUGGUGGGAUUAUUCUCCGGGGAGGCGCUGAAUCCUGGUUUCUUAUUAUUUCUGUGUUUCUCACGGAGCUACUGUACGUACACAGGUUUGAUACUGCAGCUGGCCGUCUCAGCUAAUUCAAGAUAUCAACGCUCUGCUAUUCACCAAUAUAAUCCUCAUGGUUACCGUAAAUUCACAGUCUAAAUACAUAAAGCAUCAAGCCAAGUCCCUAAACUUUACCACUAUUGUUUUCCAACGCUCAAGCCUAAGACAACGCCACAAUUUCCUAACAAUCACAUUCAAGAUUUAAGCUCAAAACAAUACACUCGCAACCGUUAUCCGAAAUAAGGUCAACUGAACCGAUCGGUCGCUCAUUGACACUAAUAU